UCUGAGCGCCCAUCUAUAUCUCAACGAAGACUGCCUUCGCUCCGCAAGGGUAGAGACGCAGACUGCGGGCGGUAUUAAAAACUUGGCUUGAGAAUCAAACAAUCUGUUCCCUAAGCGACAAUGCCGAGAUGUGGCCUGGCUGCCGUCCCCGUUGCCUUGGUUGUCAUAGCAACGUUGUUGCUAAGCAUUACAUUUUCAGUGUCUGUUGCAAGGAGAGAUGUAGCACCAUUUUUCCCUUACAUCAGUUUUCUUGGCUCCAAACCUCCUGAAUCCAUCGUGUUCAGCUACCUGUUGUACGUUUCAUCUCUGCUCGUUUUUGCAAGUUCAUUUGUGAGGUACAGAUUGGUGAAGUUGAGUUCCAGUGACCUGUCAAAGCACUCCAGACGCCUUAAUAUCGCAGGGUUCAUCCUAAGCGUCCUGGCCAGUAUAGGAAUGUCAGUCGUUGCCACCGUCCGGAUAACGGAGGUCUAUUCCAUUCACAUGCUGGGGGCAGGUCUCUUCUUCUGGCCCUCUACAACGUACUGUAUCCUGCAGACUGUCUUGUCCUACCUGAUGCUCACCUCUCAGGGAAAUGGUACGGUCUGCCGUCUGCGCCUGGUGCUGAGUAUCUUGUCAUCCAUUAGUAUCUUUACAUGCCUAGUCUCCUCCAUUUACGCUGGGAUUGGAUGGUCCCGGGUUCAACACCAUGUGAACGACAAACCACAUUGGCAGUUAGAGGAUGGGGGCUAUGCAGCCCAUCUGGUCAGCGCUUUCACCGAAUUGAUGAUGGUCUCCUCCUUCGUCCUCUACUUUCUCACCUUCAUCCCAGAGUUCUACUCUGUCCAGCUCCAAGUUAUCCUCAUCUCUUGUGACCGCAACAGCAGUGGGUGCUUCGCAGACAAAUUUGGCAUAGAGAGAUGUCAGAAUGGGCAGAGCUAUCACUUGCUCUCGGAGGAGGAUAGCGAGGAAGAAAUGACCGUGAUUAGUAACACUUAAGAAAGGAUUUUAGAGCAGGGCAAUGAGUGAUUUUCUCAGGAGAAGAAAAUCAGGUCAAAUAUUUUUUUACACUGUCAAGUGAUUAAUUUUUCCCUUUUCCUGAUGUUAAUUGAAAUAAGGAAAACAAGAGACGACACUUCACACAACAGAAAGGAGAUCAGAAAUGUGGCUGUGACCGCAGUUUGCAUUGGUUUCAGCCACAAAUAAUACGUUUUGCCCAUGGCCAUCAGCUGAAAUUAGUCUCAUGUGUGUUGUCAAGUGAUCUAGAUGCCGCACACUUACACCUGGCUGUCAUUGCUGAGACUUAAAGCCCCCCUUCCGCAGUACAUGCACAGAGUAGAUACAGUAUAGAUUGUGGCUGCAAUGAAUUUUUGUCAGACACAAUUUUUUCUCCAAUUGUAUACACUUCUUCAGUGUUAUGAAAAGUCCUUUUCUUCCUAGCUAAAUGCAUUGAAAGUGCACUUUUGAAAACUUCUAAAAUCAUCCACGCUUCCCUCGACAAUUGAGGGCGCUGCUGCUUCACUGUCAUCCAGGAAAGACACAGAUCAGUGCAUAGGUUUUUCUGGUCAAAUUAUGGUGCCAAAAUUUACUCAAAGAAAACGUUUCUGAGAAAGGGUUGCUUGCUUAUUGCAAUGCAUACUUACACAGCAAAACAUUGCCAAAGAAAAACAUGCAAAAGUGCAGGAGUUUUUGUGCAUAAACCAAAGUAACAUUUUCAGCAUUUAAUAAAGUAACAGUGAGUUUUUUCACAGUUUUACCCCAUGAAUAUGGAAAAAAAAACAAAAAGGCAGCAAAGUACGCUUUUAAAAAGUGAAACAGAAACUGAAAGAGAGGUGAACUAAGAUGCAAAGCUAUUUUUUGGAGGUUUGUCUUUUUUAAAAGUCCAUUGCUACAGCCCUUUAACGCUGCGAGUGAAGUUUUUUGAACAGGUAACAUGCCAUCACAAACAGGCUGUUACCCACGAUUGGGGUGGCAGUCAGCAUGCCAAGUUCAUUAGGUAGGCUACUUCCCUCAUUAUUAUUUCACUUAGCAUAAAGUAUCAAGUGUUUAGUAUCAAGAUGUUCAGUUGUAAAUUUUCCUCUUCAUGUGAACGAGCCAAGUGCCCCUUUAUAAUCAGAUGCAUUGUUGUCAAAACGAGGUCAGUUUCAAUGCCCCACUUUCUGCCCAUCAUUAGUUUAUGUUUACUUGUAUGUGUAGUUACUAUUACUUUGUAACUUGCAGUUUAUUUAAAGUACAGUUGAAGUCAGACUUCAUGUAAAUACGAGUGAAAAGAUUUCAUUUCUAUUUUUUUUACGUCAGCUUAGUUAUCUUUGUAAUAAUUGUAAUUGGGUGCCUUUUCCUUUGUAAGAGAAAGAUAUAUAGAUAUAUUUUGGUUAUUCGUGGAAUCUUAAGGUGUAAAUUAAGGUGUAAAAAUGUAUAUUAUAUGUAUUUCCUCCUAGGUAAUUGGCAGGGAACAAGAUUUUACAUCGUGGGUGUAUUAACAUGAUAAAGGCAUAUGAUAAUCACUACCAAUGGUCUUACAACUUAUCCAUGUAAAUAUUGCUACUAAAAUUGUGGACACUUUUAAGAGUUCAAAAUGUGAUAAGUGCAAUAUUUAAUCAUCCUGAGUUUGUACACCCUCAAUUUAAUUUUGAUAAGAACAAAAAAUCGUGAUUAAUAAAAUGUAUUUUAUUGUGAAACCUUCUAAAUAUUGAA